CUGGGUUCCCGGCGCCCAGGGAACCUCUGCUGUCUCGCUGGCAGCCGCAACAGCCCGACGUCGAGAAAGGGAGCAGGGUGACCGCGCCCGCCCGGCUGCGCUGCCUGCCGCCCCCGACCCUGCAGCCCGGACUCGAUGGAGAAUCCAUUCCUAUGUAUGGUCAUGUGGCUCUUUAAAGCAAUGUCCCAUCAUGUGUCACGCUGGUGAUGUCACAGGAAGCAAAGAAGUCAAUGGUAACAAUAGCCAGCCUACAGAAGGUCAUGAAGUACUCUGGAUGGAUGGCUGCUGGAAACCCAUUGCCCUAGCCAGCUCUUCUUCAAUACUUAAGGAGUUACCCUGCCAUUGAGUAAUGAGAAUUUCGAAACCGUAUUUGAGAAGUUCUUCUAUCCAUUGCUACUUGUGUUUACUUCUGAACAGUCAUUUUUUAACUGAGGCUGGCAUUCAUGUCUUCAUUUUGGGCUGUAUCAGUGCGGGUCUUCCUAAAACAGAAGCAAACUGGCAGUAUGUAAUAAGUGAUCUGAAAAGAAUCGAAAAUCUUAUUCAAUCUAUACAUAUGGAUGCCACUUUAUAUACUGAAAGUGAUGCUCAUCCCAGUUGCAAAGUAACAGCGAUGAAGUGCUUUCUCCUGGAGUUACACGUUAUUUCGCAGGAGUCCAGGGAUAUGGACAUUACUGACACAGUAGAAAACCUUCUCAUCCUCGCAAACAGCAGUUUGUCUUCUAUAGAGCAUAAAACUGAAUUGGGAUGCAAAGAAUGUGAGGAGCUGGAGGAAAAAAACAUUCACGAAUUUUUGAAGAGUUUUGUACAUAUUGUGCAAAUGUUCAUCAACCCUUCUUGAUUGCGGCUGAUCCUUUUCAGCAUUUCUAUUAUUAACAAGCAUCUUCCCACCGCUUAGAGGCAACAAAACACUCAGCGUUUCCAAUAUGCUGCCAAAACAAGCUCUUCUAGCAAGAAAACGAUCGAGAGCUUGGAUCAGGACUCUUAGAAAUGAAGGCAGAAAGAUGGCAUUGUGUAACCUGACGUCUAUGAACUGUCUUUGGACUUACUUUGUUCAUAUGUUUAAUUUAUUAUUAAAGUUGUACAUAUUUGUAGAAUAAUGUAAAAUGUUGAAUAAAACUGUGUACAUAUUUUAUCCUUUGAAA